AUGAGUGCAAGUCAAAAAGAUGCGGGUGCAAGUGAGAAAGAUGCGGUAAACCAAAUUUCAACAGAAAUUAUAUCAAAACAAACAGACGUGGACUCCAGACCAGAUGUAAUUCAAGAGCCAGAGGAGAACGAAAAUAUUAAAAUAACGAUUAAGGAGCUUGAAGUUGUUCCACUAUUCGAACAAUGGCCAGAACGAAAAAUUCAUAUUGGAGCAAGGUUAAACCCAGAUAGGAGAGAUAAGUUAAUUGAAUAUUUAAAAGCUAACACGAAUUAUUUUUCAUGGUCCCAUUCAGAUAUGACAGCUUCAGGUAAGUUUCUAGGCUUUCUCGUAUCUAAUAGAGGACUUGAAGUAAAUCCUGCACAGAUUAAAGCUAUUAAAGAAAUACCUGAUAUACUCACAAGCAAAAAAGAGGUACAAAGAUUGACAUGUAGGAUUGCAGCUUUGGGAAGAUUCAUUUCAAGAUCUUCAGAGAAAAACAUUAAAUUCUUUUCAGUAUUGAAGAAGCAAAAUCAGUUUGAAUGGACUGAGGAAUACCGACAAGCCCUCAGAGAUUUGAAGGCAUACUUAACAAAUCCUCCCCUAUUGUCUAAACCAAGGAUGAAGAAAGACUAUUUGUAUAUCUUGCAGUUACAGAAACUAGCCAAGUGGGAAAUAGUUAGUGAAUAUGACAUUAUUUAUAAACCUAGAACAACAAUAAAGUCUAAAGUUUUAGCAGAUUUCGUCGCAGAUUUUAAUACAAAAAUAAUUCCUGAAGUAGAAAAGGAAUUACAAAUUUUUACUGGAGCUAAUCCAAGUACGUGGACUUUAUUUACUGAUGGCUCUUCAAAUGUCAAAGGAUCCGGUUUAGGUAUUGUCUUAAUCCCACCCUCAGGUGAAAGUAUAAGAGAAGCAGUUAAAUGUUACCAUAUUACUAACAAUGAAGCAGAGUAUGAAGCUGUAAUUGCAGGUUUGGAACUAGCACGAGAACUCUCCAUAGAGCAAAUCAUGAUUAAAAGUGACUCUCAACUGGUAGUAAAUUGGAUGCAGGGGACUUACACUGCUAGAGAGGCACGAAUACAACAAUACUUGAAAAAGGCACGAGAACUGGUCAGGCAAUUCCAAUCAUGGAAGAUCGUGCAAAUACCCAGGGAAGAAAAUGCAGAAGCAGACGCGUUGGCUAACCUUGCUUCAGUUACAGAAGUAACGAGUGAAGAAAAUGCUAUUUACGGGAUCGUACCUGAAGGCAAUAAAGAAUCCCAAGUGCUUCGACGAAAAGCUGCUCGAUACUGCCUAAUGCGAGAUAAUUUAUAUCGAAAAAUAUUUGGCAGUCCUUUAGCAAGCUACACAACAAAAGCAGCCACGGGAGAAACUCUAUUUUCGCUUGUGUACGGUUCGGAAGCUUUAAUCCCAGUUGAAAUAGGAGAACCAAGCAUGAGAUUCACAUUGGCAACGGAAGAGUCUAACGAUGAGGAAUUAAGAAUAAACUUGGACUUACUCAAACAAAGAAGAGAAGCAGCUUUAAUACGGAUAGCAGCACAAAAGCAAAUCAUAGAACGAUACUAUAACAGAAAGGCUCACCUCAGUUAA